AUGCAAUCCUCGUGGCUAUGCUUUUUCAUUGUUACAUUUCUUACAGUAACACACGGACAAUUUGAGGGAAAAGAUGUUCGAUCGAUUGCUAGUGGAACUUCAUUUGGAAUGUGUGCUGGUUAUUGUCAACAAUCCAUUAAUGUCACAUUAGAUCCAUUACAAGUAGUCGCUUCAAAACGACCAAACUUUGAUCAAGAAUCUUAUCCUUCAGUUCAGCGACCAUUUCCUUUUCCAGCAAGUCAAUGGGAACAACUCGUUUCUAGUCUUAACUUGAAGACAUUUUUAGCACUAGACAAUACGAUCGGAUGUCCUGAUUGUGCUGAUGGUGGAGCAGAAUGGAUUCAAGUUGAUUGGUUAGAUGGAACCAAACAUGUAACAUUCGAUUAUGGACGCACAGUCGAUGGUAUUGAAGACUUGAUCAAAAAAUUACGGCAAAUGAGAGAAGAAUAUGUCUCUCAACUUUAA